AUGAUGAAAGAAGUCUUGCAGAAGUUCUCAGAAGGAAGGUCCUCCUACCAAAUGGAAGUCGCAGAUUUGUCCAUGAGAAGAGCUGACAAGACUCUGUUUACAGAUUGGAUUGUGCAAGAGCCAAAGCCAAAAGACUUUGUCAUACCAACCCUGCCAGCUUUCAACGGAAGAGGCGAUCCCUUGGAUCAUAUCUUUCAAUUUCAACAAAAGAUGUCCCUAGUAUUAAAUAAUGAGGCCAUUCACUGCAAAGUCUUCUCCACCACAUUCACUGUUCCUUCGCUUCUAUGGUUCAGGCAACUUCAACCAUGUUUUAUCAAUAGCUUCAACGAUUUUAGAAGGCAAUUCUUGCAACAGUACAGGGCUAAUCGAGAAGCACCUAAAACUAUGGGAGAUCUCUAUCACAUUGAACAAGGUGAAAAUGAACACCCCCAAGCAUACCUUCAACGGUUUAUGGAUUUGGUACACCAAAUCCAUAAUGUUGACACUGUCAUUGCUGCAAACUUGUUUAUCAAAAACCUGCAAGUUGGUACACUAUUGUAUGAAAACCUCACUUUAACCCCACUAUAUGAUCUAGCCGAUAUAAAAAUCAGAGCAGAAGGUGGCUUCCAUGUCCUAGAAGCAAGAGACCACACACAAAAGAAGUUGGCAUUGAUUUUAGUCCUAGUUGUCAAUAACCCACCUUUGCCAACCACAAAGGACAAGCGAAAGUCCACCAAUUUUAACCAAGAAAAAGGCUCAAAGAGAUCCAAGAACAGGGGGGAGCGCUACGUUACUCGUAUUUCGAUUUCAAUACCCCUCGAGAAAAGAUCUGUGAAGAGAACAAAGACUGCCAAAUUUGGUGAACCCAUUCAAGAUGUAGUCUCCAACCGACCGAAAAGACAAGAACAUAUAUUGCAUAUUUCACAAAGAUCAUGGCCAUACAAUAUCUGA